CUCCCUAGUCCUCCCCCCCGCCAAACUGUCGUUCACUAGUGACGAGGUUCGGGUCUGUCGGAGGGAGUGUGAGCCUCCUGCGGAAAGAUCCCCGGGCAAAGCGGCUCGGGAUCCCGGGAGGCACGUGGAGCACCGCCCCCCGCCCAGUGCCGGGGCGCGCCGGAGAGACGGCGGCCCCUGCGCAGCCGGGAAAACCCGUCCGGGAGCCCGGGGCGCGCGGGCAGCGGCCGGACGCGGCGGCGGCGCUGGCGGCGGGGACGCGGCGCGGUUGCCGCAGGGGAGCGGCGGCGGCGGCGGCGGCGGGCGCGAGGGGCGGGGCGCUCUCCGCAACUUCUGCCGCUGCCUCCCGGGCGCUCUCGGCCGAGCCACUCGGCGGCUGAAGGCUGCGAGCGGUGCGAGCGGUGCGGUGCGGCCAGCCGAGCCCGGCCCGCCGGCCCGCGAUCCCGCGCGUCUCGGGGGUCCGUCGGGUGCUGGAGGCGCCUCCCGCAGAGAGUCCCCGGGUGGCCGCGCUCCCGCGUCGUCCGCUGCUGUUGGGGGACCAGGACGUGCGGGGCAGCAAGGCCGAGCCGGGGCGCCCCCCAGCGGACUGCACGGGCCCCAUGGCUGGGCCGAGCGGAGCGGAACCGACGAGGUGAAGCCCCCGGGCCGGCAGCCGGAGCGCGUGGCGGGGGCGCCGGCUCCAUGGGCAGCGACGCACAGCGGCACGAUGAUGGACGUUAACAGCAGCGGCCGCCCGGACCUCUACGGGCACCUCCGCUCUUUCCUCCUGCCAGAGGUGGGACGCGGGCUGCCCGACCUGAGCCCCGACGGCGCCGGCCCGGUCGCGGGCUCCUGGGCGCCGCACCUGCUGCACGGGGUCCCUGAGGUGACGGCCAGUCCCGUGCCCACCUUGGACGCACUCCCGGACAAUGCCUCCGGCUGCGGGGAGCAGAUCAACUACGGCAGAGCCGAGAAAGUUGUGAUCGGCUCCAUCCUGACGCUCAUCACGCUGCUGACGAUCGCCGGCAACUGCCUGGUGGUGAUCUCGGUGUGCUUCGUCAAGAAGCUCCGCCAGCCCUCCAACUACCUGAUCGUGUCCCUGGCGCUGGCCGACCUCUCGGUGGCCGUGGCGGUCAUGCCCUUCGUCAGCGUCACCGACCUUAUCGGGGGCAAGUGGAUCUUUGGCCACUUCUUCUGCAACGUCUUUAUCGCCAUGGACGUCAUGUGCUGCACGGCCUCGAUCAUGACCCUGUGCGUGAUCAGCAUCGACAGGUACCUUGGGAUCACGAGGCCGCUGACGUACCCUGUGAGACAGAAUGGGAAGUGCAUGGCCAAGAUGAUCCUCUCUGUCUGGCUUCUGUCCGCCUCCAUCACUUUACCACCACUCUUCGGCUGGGCUCAGAACGUAAAUGAUGACAAGGUGUGCUUGAUCAGCCAGGAUUUUGGCUACACCAUCUACUCCACCGCAGUGGCAUUUUAUAUCCCCAUGUCCGUCAUGCUUUUCAUGUACUACCAGAUUUACAAGGCCGCCAGGAAGAGCGCCGCCAAACACAAGUUCCACGGCUUCCCGCGUCCCAAGGAGCCCGACAGCGUCGUCUCCCUGAACGGCAUGGUGAAGCUCCAGAAGGAGGUGGAGGAGUGUGCAAACCUUUCGAGAUUCCUCAAACAUGAACGGAAAAACAUCUCCAUCUUUAAGAGGGAACAGAAAGCAGCCACCACCUUGGGGAUCAUCGUCGGGGCCUUCACUGUGUGCUGGCUGCCAUUUUUCCUUCUCUCGACGGCCAGACCCUUCAUCUGCGGCACCGCGUGCAGUUGCAUCCCGCUGUGGGUGGAGAGGACAUUUCUGUGGCUGGGCUAUGCAAACUCUCUCAUUAACCCCUUUAUAUAUGCCUUCUUCAACCGGGACCUGAGGACCACCUACCGCAGCCUGCUCCAGUGCCAGUACCGGAAUAUCAACCGGAAGCUCUCGGCUGCAGGCAUGCACGAGGCCCUGAAGCUUGCCGAGAGGCCUGAGAGACCUGAGCUUGUGCUUUCCACAGACUAAUGAAAACUGUGCUCAGCUUUUCACCUUUUCAUUCAGUGCUUUUUGUGGAAUCCAUAGUCACCCAGCAGAAACAGGGAAGUAACUUGGAGGAAAGAAGGACAAGGAGAAAAAGGAAAAAGAGAAGAAGUGGUUACCUGCUUUCACCAAGAGAAGUAACAGCACAUUCCCAUCUGCGUUUGCCUGGGGGUGAAGACACUUAUGAAUCAAUGACCAAAAGUGAGAGAAGUAUUGCUAAUAGGAAUGAGAAGAACAGGUUCACGGUCAGUCCAAAGUCAAGCUCGGCGAGGACAGCCCGCCCCUCCCUGCAGCCAGUCAGAGUUCCUUGGACCCCUGAAAGCACUGAGCUCUGAUUUCUGAACUGAUCAACACUUGACUUUUAAAAGAACAAAUGCCCCAAAGCCCUGAUCAAGGGAGGAAACAGUUGCUGUAGGAGGCAUUGUGAUUGUUUUCAAAGGCAUUAUGACGGACCGGCAGUCUCAAUAAAAGGAGUGGCAGACUUGAAGUCUGAACUUGGAAACGAAAAACUGAAAGGCAACAGUGGAAAAUAUUCGCCACAUACUUUCAUCUUAGGGGUCCAAUAUUAAAGCUUUAUUAAGGACAGUAAAUAUAUGCUAGAGAUGGGGCUUGAAGAAAAUCUGAGAGCUUUGUACGGACAGGAAAAAUGUUUCUGGUGUAAAAAAUAUUCCUUCGUGUUUGUGCAAAAUUCCUUCUUUCCUUGACACUCUUAGAUUCCGGCUAUUGUACCAUUUACCCUUUCUCGCCUCUGAUCUGUUGACCCUCAUGGUCUACUCACUAUGUUCACUAAAGACCUUGCCUGUGGCUCAUAAUCUUUCUAUCUGCCUCAUGACUCCUCUAUCAUCCUGAACAACUUCAAUCCCUCCAGACACCUACAAGGUAGACAAGUCUUUGGCCUUCUCCAUUCUAGUGACUUUCAACUCCACCUCUAUUCUGCCACACAGAACCAUAAACACACCAUGGCUUUUACUGUCAUUGGAAUUUUCUACCUGUUAAAUUUCAAUCUUUCAUUUACUCAUUCAUUUUACAAAUGCCUAUUGAAUACCUUCCUUGUGCCGACCAUUGUGCUAGUCACUGUAAAAGUAGUUGCAGUUAAAAAAGACAAUAUUUCUUCCUUUGUGGAACUUACAAACUAAUGAAGGAGACAGAAAAACUAACAGGCAAUUACAAUAGAAUGACAUAAAUGCUUUGCUGGCAAACCCACAGGAAGAACAUCUGAUCUGGAUAUAGGCUGUCAUGCAAGGCUUCCUGUACAAGUGAAGUCUAAGCUGAAACUUUAAGAAUGAGUAUAAGCUCUAAUUAUUAGAGAAAUGCAAAUCAAAACUACAAUGAGGUACCACCAUUAAAAAGUCUACAAAUAACAAAUGCUGAAGAGGGUGUGGAGAAAAGGGAACCCUCCUACACUGUUGGUGGGAAUGUAAGUUGGUACAGUCACUAUGGAAAACAGUAUGGAGGUUCCUAAAAAAACUAAAAAUGGAGCUACCAUGUGAUCUAGCAACCCCACUCUUGGCGUAUAUCCAGACAAAGCUCUAAUUCGAAAAGUUAAAUGCACCCCUAUGUUCAUAGCAGCACUAUUCACAAUAGCCAAGACAUGGAAACAACCUAAAUGUCCAUCGACAGAGGAAUGGAUAAAGAAGAGGUGGUACAUGUAUACACAGGAAUACUACUCAGCCAUAAAACAGAAUGAAAUAAUGCCAUGUGCAGCAACAUGGAUAGACCUAGAGAUUAUCAUACUUAGUGAAGUAAGACAGACAGAGAAAGAGAAAUACCAUAUGAGACCACUUAUAUGUGGAAUCUAAAAUAUGACACAAAUGAAUUUAUCUAUGAAACAGAAACAGACUCACAGAUAUAGAGAACAGAAUUGUGCUUUCCAAGGGGGAGGGGGUGGAGGAGGGAUGGAUUGGGAGUUUGGGAUUGACAGAUGCAAGCUGUUAUGUGUGGAAUGGAUGAACAACAAGGUCCUACUGUAUAGCACAGGAAACUACUUUCAAUAUCCUGUAAUAAACCAUAAUAGAAAAGAAUAUGAAAAAGAAUAUAUGUAUGUAUAA